AUGUCAAAAAACAAUAUGUACCGUAUGCUCGUCUUACUAGAGGACGAUACCAAAAUAACUAAAGAAGAUGAAAAAUUCAUCAAAGGUAAGCCAGGGAAAAUGCAUGAAUUUGUCGAUGAGUUAAUGUUACCAUUUCAGGUUGAUGAACUAGACGAACUAAACGUUUGGUUUGAUAAAUUUGACGCUGAAAUUUGUAUACCGAACGAAGGUCAUAUUAAAUAUGAAAUUAGCAGUGAUGGUUUAAUUGUACUUAUGCUAGAUAAAGAAAUUGAGGAUGUUGUCGAAAAGGUAAAGAAAUUCGUCGAAGAAAAUGUCUGA